AUGGGGAACGACCUUGGUAAGGCAUUGCAAGGAGCCGCUGAUGCCGUCAACAGCAGCUCAGGACAGCAAGGCCAGCAAGGCCAAUUGCCGUUCCCGAAUGCAUGGCCGAUCGGCGUGAACCCUGCAUUCCCGCCCCCAGCACCAGCACCACCCCAGCAGCAGUGGGAUCCAAAUGCCCAGUGGUCCACUACGAAGGGCCAGACAAACUGGGAUCCCAAUGCCCAGAACAAGAAGCAAUCAUGGGCGAAGAAAACGUGGGAUGACAAGUCAUGGCAGGGCUACAAGAAGGGCGGCUCCAAUGAGGGCGGGUCCAAUGAUCACGGCUCGGGAUCUGGUGGAUCUGGCGGCAGCAGCGAGUACCUGCGAGCAUGUAAGGCCUGCGGUCGAGCAGGUUAUCUUCGGAAUGGCCUAUGCCUGAACGAAGAAUGCGCCUUGAGCAUCUGGGGGCAGGAGACGGCAAGUGUCGGAAAGCGGCUCCAUGCAUGGGGCAACAAGGAGAGCGUGGAGGAUCUUGGAAAAAAGGUGCAUGGUGCCAGGACGAGACCUACCACCAGGGGAACCAAAGGCCAGAGGCACCGCUCGUGGUGGAUGCAGAAAUCGCCGGAAGAACAACGGAUGAUCAAAAUCGAACAGUUCGAGAAGAAGAGGAAGGAGAUGCCCGGCGAUGACGAUCAUAAGGACAAUGAUGGUUCCGGCGAUGGCGAUGCUAAGCUGGGGCCCGUACCCCUGCCUGCGGGCAGUUGGGUGCUGUAG